AUGAGCAGUCAGCGGCAGCCCGUCGCCACGGCCGGCUACUAUCAGCAUCAGCAUCACCUUCACCAGCAACACCACCUCCCGCACCACCCUCACCACCCGCAACAACACCGCCACCCCUCCCUCCCGGCCGCCUUCUCCCCCGCGCCGCCGCCGCACUAUCAUGACCCAGCCCUUGCGUCGCUGGCGUAUCGACCGCUGCAGUUGCCGCUGCAGCACGCGACGCACCAGCAACAAACAGCUUCGUCCGAGCAAACACAGCUGCCAUUAGCGGCCCAAGCUGCCGGCCCUUACCAGCACCCCAGCUUCCGCCAGCAUCGCCAUCCCUCCGAUCACCACCACCACCACGCCGCCGCCCUCUCGCACCGCACGCGUGCCCAAGCCCGCCAGCGCCACCACUCCGCCAUGGCCUACCAGCAGUCCGCCCCGUCCGCCGACGACGAUCUCGCCGAGCUGCAAAAGCUCAGCGAGGCCUACGAGCCGGAGGCCACCGGGCCGCUUGUUGGCCAGCGCCAACCGAGUACGGCUAUCACGACCGAGUACGCUUCGGCUGAUCCUGUCUAUCAAGCGAAGACUGCUGCAUUGCCUCAGAAAUACUCGCACUACCGGACUGUGCGUGGUGAUGGAAAGUGCGGUUGGAGAGCCGUCGCCUUCGGCUACUUCGAAGCACUCAUCCACCAUGGCGACACCGACCGAUUUGCCAUGGAAGAAGCUCGCUUGCGAUCAAUGACCAAUGUCAUGGUCGAAGCCGGUUUCCAAGCCAUGCUCAUGGAGGAGUUCGCAGAGGAGACUAUUAGUCUGCUACGCAAGGUUGCCGAAGCAAUACCUCUGGGCAAUGCUGAAGAUGUGCUGUUGGAGACAUUCAACGAGCAGAUGACGCAGGACUACAUUAUCACUCACAUUCGGACCAUCACCGCGGCGUGGAUGAAGACGCACGAUGAGAACUACGCACCAUGGCUACUGGGUCAAACCGUCGACCAAUACUGCGAGCAAUCCGUCUUGCCUGUCGCUGCUGAGAUCGACCACGUUGGCCUUGUCGCGCUCAAAGACGCCCUACUCUCGCCCGCAGGCAUGUCCCUCGAAGUCCUGUACCUCGAUCGCAGCGAGGGCAGCGAAGUGACCAUGCAUCGCUUCGACCCCGUCAACGCAGGUGGUUACACUAUUGGAAGUGUGAGACUGCUGUAUCGACCUGGUCACUACGACCUGCUUUACAAGCCAGAAGACCUCCCUGCUCCACCGCCUCCUCCAGCUGCCACUGCUGUACCAACAUACCUCCAAUACGGAAGCAGCCAUGACCCGGUGUACGACCUGGGUGUCUCGGACUUUAUGACAUCCAUUCCCGGCAUGUCCUACGCCAACCUGUCUCAGCCAGGCUGGAUGUCAUCAAGCUAUGCAUCAGGAGUGGACUUUCUCAACACGCCAGCUCCUGUCCAGGCGUGUACGCAAGCACUGCCAACACCAUCGGCGCCGGCUCCUCAGCCGCAGAUUUCAUCUCAGCCAGUCUAUGUUCCUGCCUCCACACCAUCGCAGCUGGUACCACCACCGACGCAAAUGCCGCAUGAACUAGCAAUACGAACGUCUGUUGUGCAGACAUCGCUAGCUCACACAGACUUCCAGCACCAACUCAGCGUCGGUCCGUUCAGACCAUCGGCGUGGCAAUAUGAGCCGGACUUUGUGUCAGCCACUUCGCAAAUGCCGUUUCAGACAUCGAUCUUCAGGAAUUCGCACUUCAACACCGCCCACUUCCUCAACCCGGAGUUCCAGCCGGAACAGUGGGAUCCCGACGAUGAAUACGCCACGGCAACCAGCAGCAGCAGUAGCAAGAGUUCGCGGCACAAAACCAAUGGAUGA